GAAAUAGGACGUGACGUGCGUUAUCGCAUACGCAUAAUGUUUGGUAGGGUCGUUUGGACAAAUAGGUUCUGGGAAACCCUGGAAGAGGAGCCAAAUAUUUCUAGAUGCCACUGAAAAGAACCGCAUGGCGGACGCGUUCUUUAAGGAAAACUUGAGCCAGUGGCAGACAACCAGUUUGCUUCAAUGGAGAACCACACCUGUGAAAGAGAACAUUGUAGAGACCACCAUUACCUCAGCAUCGCCUGGGAGAUAGCCUAGUUCAGUGAGUCACCAUGGCAUCAGUGCGCUUCACGGUGACACCCACCAAGGCGGAGGACAUUCCAGGGCUGUCUGACACAUCGCCUGACCUCAGCUCACUCUCCGGCACCCGUGUGCGCUUUGGCUCCAGGGAGAGCAUCAACCGAAGUGACCCGUUCAGUGAGGGAUCAGGAGGCAUUACAACUACUGCCACAGCAGGAGGAGGAGGGGCCGACACCUCAGAGCAAGGUGAUGGAAAUUCCAAAAUCUCCAGUGUGUACAUCAACAACAGUCAUGGGAUGGAUGAUGAUGACUUCUACGACAGGAACUUGGCCUUAUUUGAGGAGGAGAUGGACACUCGGCCGAAGGUGUCUUCUCUGCUCAGCCGCCUGGCCAACUACACCAACCUGAUGCAGGGAGCCAAGGAGCACGAAGAGGCUGAGGGCAUCGGCGAGAAGAAGAAAUCCAACAAGUCACCACAGAUGGGGACGUUUAUGGGCGUGUACCUGCCUUGUCUCCAGAACAUCUUCGGUGUCAUCUUGUUCCUGCGGUUGACGUGGGUGGUGGGCACUGCCGGGGUGCUGCAGGCCCUCUGUAUUGUCUUCAUAUGCUGUUGCUGUACGAUGUUAACUGCGAUAUCAAUGAGUGCCAUUGCCACUAAUGGAGUUGUACCAGCGGGAGGCUCCUACUUCAUGAUAAGCCGCUCACUGGGUCCAGAGUUUGGGGGGGCGGUGGGCCUAUGUUUCUACUUAGGCACUACCUUUGCUGGAGCCAUGUACAUCCUGGGAGCCAUCGAGAUCCUUCUGAUGUACAUAGCGCCCAAGGUGGCCAUUUUUCAUUCAGACUACCCUGAAGGCGAAGGGGCGGCCAUGUUGAACAACAUGCGGGUGUAUGGCUCCAUCUUUCUCCUCCUGAUGUCGUUGCUGGUCUUUGUGGGCGUGAAGUACGUCAACAAGCUGGCCUCUAUUUUUUUGGCUUGUGUCAUCAUCUCUAUCAUUUCCAUCUAUACCGGAGCGCUGGUGUCUGCCUUCAAACCGCCACAUUUCCCCGUGUGCAUGUUGGGGAACAGAACUAUCAACGCUCAUGAAAUGUAUGACAGCCAGUGUGCAAAAACCUUCUUUAUUAUUAAAGAUCCAGUGAAAAGCAGUGACACCAACUUCACAAUAAUUAAUGCAGAAAACACAACUGUAGGCCCAACUGCUGACCCCACCCACGCACCUGUUUUUGUGGAGAAGACCACAGAUCUUUGGAAGCACUUUUGCCAGGGCCCAGAACUCAAUGCCUCUUGUGACGAAUACUUCACUUCAAACAAUUUUACAGAGAUUGAAGGGAUCCCUGGUCUGGCCAGUGGGAUCAUUUCAGAGAACUUGUGGAGCUCCUACCACAGCAAAGGGGAUGUGCAGGAGAAAGGCUCCUCUCAUGCUGCACAUCCAGCGUCCACUCAUCAGCCUUACGUGUUUGCUGACAUCACCACAUCCUUCACACUGUUGGUGGGCAUCUUCUUCCCCUCGGUCACAGGAAUUAUGGCCGGUUCCAACCGGUCGGGGGACCUGAAAGAUGCCCAGCGCUCCAUCCCAAUCGGAACAAUCUUCGCCAUCCUCACCACUUCCAUCGUCUAUCUGAGUUGCGUGGUUUUUUUUGGAGCCUGCAUCGACGGGGCUGUCCUCAGAGACAAAUUUGGAGACUCAGUCAAAGGGAAUCUGGUGGUGGGGACUCUGGCUUGGCCCACUCCUUGGGUUAUUGUGAUUGGCUCUUUCUUCUCAACAUGUGGCGCAGGCCUCCAGUCUCUGACCGGCGCCCCCCGACUCCUGCAGGCGAUUGCCAAAGACAACAUCAUCCCCUUCCUCCGGGUGUUUGGCCAUGGGAAGGUUAACGGGGAGCCCACCUGGGCCCUGCUGCUGACGGGCGUGAUAGCUGAGCUGGGGAUUCUCAUCGCUUCUCUCGACCUGGUGGCUCCCAUCCUGACAAUGUUCUUCCUGAUGUGUUAUCUGUUUGUAAACCUGGCUUGUGGCCUCCAGACCCUCCUUAGGACGCCCAACUGGAGGCCACGCUUCUCCUACUACCACUGGAGCUUGUCAUUCUUGGGGAUGAUUAUCUGCCUGGCACUCAUGUUCAUAUCCUCUUGGUACUACGCAAUUGUUGCCAUGGUGAUUGCAGGCAUGAUCUACAAGUACAUAGAGUACCAUGGAGCAGAGAAAGAGUGGGGGGAUGGGAUCCGUGGUCUUUCUCUCAGUGCUGCCCGUUAUGCCCUCCUGAGGUUGGAAGAGGGACCGCCGCAUACCAAAAACUGGAGGCCACAGCUGUUGGUGUUGCUAAAACUGGACGAAGACGCCCACGUCAAGUCUCCCCGUCUGCUGACGUUUGCCAACCAGCUGAAGGCGGGAAAGGGCCUGACCAUCGUUGGCACCGUCGUCUCUGGCAACUUCCUACAAAGCUAUGGAGAGGCCCUUGCUGCUGAACAGACUCUAAAGCACCUGAUGGAUAAGGAGCGUGUGAAGGGCUUCUGUCAGUGCAUCAUAGCUCAGAAGCCACGUGAAGGCAUCAGCCACAUGAUCCAGUCCAGCGGCCUGGGUGGAAUGAAACCUAAUACUGUGGUGAUGGGCUGGCCUCAUACCUGGAGGCAGAGCGAGGACCCUCAGGCCUGGAAGACCUUUAUCAACACAGUGCGGGUAACCACAGCAGCCCACCUAGCCCUGCUGGUGCCCAAAAAUAUCUCUCUGUUCCCCAGCAAUAGUGAGCCUUGCACAGAGGGCUACAUCGACGUCUGGUGGAUUGUCCAUGAUGGGGGGAUGCUAAUGCUGCUGCCCUUCCUCCUACGCCAACACAAGGUGUGGCGCAAGUGUGGGAUGCGAAUCUUCACAGUGGCCCAGAUGGAGGAUAACUCAAUCCAGAUGAAGAAGGAUCUGGCAACCUUCCUCUAUCACCUACGCAUUGAGGCUGAGGUGGAAGUAGUUGAGAUGCAUGACAGUGAUAUCAGUGCCUACACCUAUGAAAGGACCUUGAUGAUGGAGCAAAGGUCUCAGAUGCUCAGACGGAUGCGACUGUCUAAAUCAGACCGAGAACGAGAGGCCCAGCUGGUGAAGGACCGUAACUCCAUGCUGCGUCUGACAAGCAUCGGCUCAGAUGAUGACGAUGACACUGAUGGCGGGGAGCGAGACAGGGCAGUGAGCGGCGACAGCAGCUCCGAGCACCAACGUCAAGUUCAGAUGACUUGGACCAAAGAGAAGACAUUACAGCACAGAACCAUGCAAUCUGGCUGCUCCACACCCGAGGGCUUCAGAGACAUGCUCUGCAUCAGGCCGGACCACUCCAAUGUCAGGCGGAUGCACACCGCUGUCAAACUCAAUGAGGUCAUUGUCAACAAAUCCCACGAUGCCCGGCUGGUUCUGCUCAACAUGCCAGGACCCCCCAGGAACUUAGAGGGGGAUGAGAACUACAUGGAGUUCCUCGAGGUUUUGACUGAAGGAUUGGAGCGAGUCCUGUUGGUCAGAGGUGGAGGAAGUGAAGUCAUCACCAUUUACUCCUGAUUAGGUGUGGGGUCUGUGAGCUCCAGGGCCGUGGGCUUAAAAUGAAACGUUGUGAUUGGCUGUAGUGUCAGUCAUCAUGCCUGACGCUGCCACUCAGCCCUGUUUCCUUUCAUCUUUACAAUUUUGAGCCAUGACAAAGGUUUCCAUUCCACUUAGCUACACGCUAACCUCAAAAUUAGCUUUGUCUAGGGUCCAAGUGGAGAGACCAUGAAUUACAUUCUAAUUUUUGAGUGUUUGUCUGAUCUUGCUGCUAUUGCUUAGAAUCUGUUGUCACCUGUGGAAGUCAAUUUCUGUCAUGGGGGGGAAAAAGAUGAAAAGUUAGUCAUUGUAAAAUCAAAGUAAAAAAUUUCACUAUAUCACAAUUUUGAUUUUUGACUAGCUAAGUCAAUACUGAGAUGGUCAACAUUAUUAGAUCAAAAGUCUGAAUAUUGGCUCAGUAAGUCAAAUGUAUGAGAGUCAAAAUGUAUAGACAAAAAAAAAUUAGGGAAAACUAUUACUAGAGAAGUCAAAAAUAUGAUUUAAUGUUUAAAGUGAGAUAAAACUCUAAACACUGACUUCAUAGAAAAUAAGUAACAAAAAUGAUUACACAUUUUGAUUCACAAAAGUCAAAAUUGUUUUUUUUUUUUUUAGAUACAAGUCAAAUUUUAAGUUAAAAAUAUUAAGGUUACUAUCAUGAUUUUGAAUUUUUAUUGGAUAACUUAUUCUUUUUGUGAUGUCUAGUUUUUUUUAUCAGUAGUAUUGUCUUUCCUUGCAGAACUGGGCUUCCAUACUCCUGUUAUAAUCUGACAAAAGCAUAUACCACAAGUUAUUUACAGUUACACUAGACAUAUCUUUAUCUGUAAAACAGUCAAACACCAGCAGUCUGUUCUGCCACUAUGCGUUUUCAGCUGUGGGAUAGGUAUAUCUUGGUUAUUUAAAUCAAGACAGAGGGCUGUCUUUACGCACCAUAGGGUUAGUCUCUGUCAACAGACAUCCCAGGAAAAUUCAUAAUUAAACUAAUGCAAGGGAAAUGAUAGGAAUCCUUUUCUGUGCCAUGCCAUAAACUGGCCCCGUGUUGGGCUGCUUGUGAAUAGUUUUAUGUUACCGUAGAUGGUAAGAUGUGUUUGGAAAAAGUGAGGUCAACCUUCGUGGUUGUUGUUGCGAAGGCCUCAGAAAUGUAUGAAUUUGGAAACAGUAUUGUUAACUCACUGGACCAAUGUGGAGAGGAACACUGCACUGCAUGCUGUCAAAAUGUCACUGUCACUCAGAGAGAAGUGACUUGUAUGUGUACAUGUGACAUACGACUGGUACAUGUGUUCGUUUGACUCAGUAAAAUAGUGUUUACCAUUCCCUCUAAUGAGAAUUUUGGCUGUGCUGCGCUGUGUAGUGUGCCCUGAAACUCUCCACCUCACCAUACACCUGAAAUAAACCUGCUGACAUAACGCUUUGUCUGGGUGCAUGUGUACAUGGCUUUCUGUGGUUGUGUGGACAACCUUUAGUUCAGAAUCAUCAUUGUGAAGAGAUUCAAAGGGCUGGUUGAGGAUUAAGGGUAGAAUUAGGUUAGGGUAAUGGUUGGGCAUUUAGUUGUGAUGGUUGGCGUUAAUUUAAGGGGCUCGGGAAUGCAUUAUGUCAAUGAGUAUUCUCACAACUAUAGAAAGUCCUGUGUAUGUUUCUGAAAGGGUGUGUGGAUGGAUUGUAGGAGCUGUAAACUAGAGGUGUUUGAUUCCACUCGGAUGCUUUUGUCUUUUUUCUUUUAUACAGUGUUAUCAUACAGGGAUUCUUUUAUGUUCAUUGUAAUUUCCUAAACAUUGUUUUAUUGCUUGUACAUAAAGACAAAAAAGAUUCGAAGUUUUAUCUUUUU